AUGAUUUCUAGUUCUCUUCCGAACCCCGACUCUGCCAAGUGCUAGGCAGCACUUUUACAUGAUCCCAUGACUCUUGAUAUGGACGCGGUCCUGUCAGACUUUGUUCGGUCCACGGGGGCAGAGCCAGGUCUGGCAAGAGACCUACUGGAAGGCAAAAACUGGGACUUGACUGCAGCUCUGGGUGAUUAUGAGCAACUCCGACAGGUUCACACAGCCAACCUACCCCAAGUGUUUAACGAGGGGAAAUACUACAAGCCACCAGAAAGAGAGCCACCCCAACAGGUGAACAAGAUUGACCGCCCAGGCCUUCAAAGACAGGAUGAAAUUGCUCAAGAAAAACGUCUGUCCCGGGGUAUUUCUCAUGCCAGCUCAGCCAUCGUCUCCCUUGCCCGAUCCCAUGUGGCAAACGAAUGCAACAAUGAGCAGUUCCCUCUGGAGAUGCCCAUCUACACGUUCCAGCUGCCCGAUCUUAGCGUGUACAGUGAAGACUUCAGGAGCUUCAUCGAACGUGAUUUAAUUGAACAGGCAACAAUGGUGGCGCUGGAACAGGCGGGUCGCCUGAACUGGUGGUCAACGGUGUGUUUGAGUUGCAAGCGCCUCCUGCCUUUGGCCACUACCGGAGACGGGAAUUGCCUCUUGCACGCGGCCUCGUUGGGGAUGUGGGGGUUUCAUGACAGGGACCUGGUUCUGCGGAAAGCUCUCUACACAAUGAUGAGGAGCGGAGCUGAAAAGGAAGCACUGAAGCGCAGGUGGAGAUGGCAGCAGACCCAGCAGAAUAAGGAGUCUGGGUUAGUUUACACAGAAGAAGAGUGGGAACGAGAAUGGACUGAGCUCCUGAAACUGGCUUCAAGCGAACCCCGCACUCAUUUCAGCAAAAAUGGAGGCACUGGUGGGGGGGUGGACAAUUCAGAGGAUCCUGUGUAUGAAAGCUUAGAGGAGUUCCAUGUUUUUGUCUUAGCCCAUAUAUUAAGAAGACCGAUCGUGGUUGUAGCAGACACAAUGUUAAGGGACUCUGGUGGUGAAGCAUUUGCACCUAUUCCUUUCGGAGGAAUUUACUUGCCGUUGGAAGUUCCGCCCAACAGAUGCCACUGCUCACCUCUGGUUCUAGCUUAUGACCAAGCCCAUUUCUCUGCCCUUGUGUCCAUGGAGCAAAAAGAUCAGCAGAGAGAGCAAGCGGUUAUCCCUCUCACUGACUCUGAACACAAGCUCUUACCUUUACACUUUGCUGUCGAUCCUGGGAAGGACUGGGAAUGGGGAAAGGAUGACAAUGAUAACGCCAGGUUGGCCAAUUUGAUUCUGUCUUUAGAAGCAAAGCUGAAUCUGCUGCACAGCUACAUGAAUGUAACCUGGAUCCGGAUACCCUCCGAAACGCGGGCUCCUUUGGCCCAACCAGAAUCCCCCACGGCAUCGGCCGGAGAGGACGUUCAGUCCCUGGCCGACUCGAUGGACUCCGACCGUGAUUCCGUCUGCAGUAACUCCAACAGCAAUAACGGGAAGAACGGCAACAAAGAAAAGGAAAAGGAGAAGCAGAGGAAGGAGAAGGACAAAAACCGGGCGGAUUCGGUGGCCAAUAAACUGGGAAGCCUCAGCAAAACGCUCGGCAUCAAACUGAAGAAGAACAUGGGGGGUCUGGGGGGACUGGUCCACGGGAAGAUGAGCCGAGCCAAUUCCGGGAACGGGAAGAAUGGCGACCCGCCGGAGAGAGGCAAAGAGAAGAAGUCCAAGUCCCGCAAAGGCAGCAAGGAGGAAUCGGGCCAGUCGGCCAGUACCUCCCCGUCGGAGAAGACGACGCCGUCUCCCACGGACAAGGCGAGCGUGUCUCCAUCCGAGAAGAACGCCAGGUCCCCGUCAGACAAGCAGACGGACACCUGGAAGUACAGCACCGACGUGAAACUGAGCCUCAACAUCUUGAGGGCCGCGAUGCAAGGCGAGCGGAAGUUCAUCUUCGCCGGCCUCCUCCUCACCAGCCAUCGGCAUCAGUUCCACGAGGAGAUGAUCGGCUACUACCUGACCAGCGCCCAGGAGCGCUUUAACGCCGAGCAGGAGCAGAAGAGGAAGGAGGCGGAGAAGAAAGCGUCGGCCCCGGGGGGGUCCUCCGGCAGGAAGCUGGAGCCGGAGGCAUUCCCCAAGGAGAAGCUCGAAUCGUCGCCUCAAGGCGGGGCGUCGCCAGUCCUGCCCGCAAGCCAUACCUCUCAGCUGGUUUUAAAAUUCAAGGACCGGACCAGUCCCCCGCCCGGGUCGUUCCCGUCGCCCGGCCACGGCGCCAAGAGGUCCGGGCCCACGCCGGUGUCCGUCCACUAUAGCCAUACCCCUCCGGUCCAGAGGCAGAGCGUCAUCCAUUUGCACGACAUCAACUCCAAGCCGGCCAGCUUCCAGGACGACACCUUCAAGCCCGUGGUGGGCACCCUCAAAACCUGCGCCACCUACCCCCAGCAGAACAGGUCCCUGUCAUCUCAGUCCUACAGCCCAGCCCGGGCUGCAGGCAUCCGCACGGUGAACACGGUGGAGUCUCUGACCUUCGCCCUGCCCGCCGAACACAAGUCCCAGACGUACACGAACGGAUUCAACCCCGGCGACGUCCGAGACGGGCUGGAGUUCGCCGACGAGGAAGCCCCGCAGACCUGGUUGAACAAUGAGAAAAACAGAGGCAGAAGCACAGUUUGCCCAAUAUAUUCCAUCCAGCAGAACCGCUGUAAGAAAGAGAACUGUUCCUUUUAUGGCCGGCCGGAGACGGAGAACUAUUGCUCCUACUGCUACAAAGAGGAGCUCAAGCGCAGGGAGAGAGAAAACAAGGGGCACAGGCACUGAAAACCGCGAGGAUGCCCCCAAACCGCUCGGUUUGCAUCGGUUCCUGACGAGAGGGAAAGAGGGUCGGGGCCCCGGAGCCGAGAGAAUCCUCAGAAGGGACCCAGCAGAUGACAUCCGGCUCGUUGCUUCUUGGGGGAAAGGCGGAAAUGAGAGGAUUAAUUUAUCAUAAAGAAUUUAUUUUCCAUUUCGUCGGUGUCUUUUUUACAUACACUGGUCAGCUGAAAGGUUAUAUCCUCCUUUGUCAGUGCUGUGUAUAUGUACGGUCAAAAAUUACUAAUGGUGCCUGAAUUUACACUGACAUCUCUCAGGUAGUAGAAGGAUAAGGGAAAACAAGUCAUAAUAUUGGAGAUGUGAUGUUGUACCAGGAGAACAUCUGCCUCAUUCACAUGUGAAAUCCAAUAGCCAUCGUGAGAAUCUCUUUCGUUCCUCAACAGAUAAGUGAAUUUCACAGCCCUUUGUUUUCGGAAGGGAAAUAAUAAUUUUGCAUACUUUUUGUAACAUAGUGACUGACAUCUUCCAUUUUUAGUACACGUCGGUAUGCGUUCAGUUAGAGGUGCGAGGUGUGGAAACCAAAUGCGAAGAAAGGCCCGGAUCUUUUGCUUUGCCAUGUAUGUGCUCCGUCCUCAUUAGCAAGCGUGCUCCGAGGUCUUUAUGCGCCACUCCACCCCCCAGCCCCAACCCCCGCACAGCUCUAUCCCAUUUAAGAGAGGAUCCCUUGGUCAUUUGCCCAUGAUCCCUAGAUUGAUUCCCGACUUUGGAAAAAUGUGGUCGGUCCCUGGCGAACGCAAGGUUCAUCUCCUAUGCGAACUCUCUUCUCAACACCCCCACUCGAUGGAAGAGGUGACAUCGACACUGCCAUCAAGCAAGCCCGGUGAUGUAGAAAAUGGGUACAAUCUAACCUACCUCACAGGGCUGUUGUGAGGUUAAGUUUGUGUCGGUCGGAUGGUUGGAGAUACUCCAGAAGCAGGAGCUAGAUAUUGACAUUGCUAGUUGUGGACAGUUCCAGAAAGGUGGGCUGGGCUCAGGAAACUCUCCCGGGGGAGAGGUAGGCCUAAGCCUGUUUGAGCACGAUUACGCUGGGAUGCUCAACUUUUAAAUUUUGGUACCCUUUUCAUAAUGAACAGUUUUCAGUAGGCAGAUGGAAGGAAAUCGAGUAUUCAGGGGAUGACCAACAGCAAGCGGGGAGGAAGGUGAAAGAGAGUGAGAUGUGGGCUUUUUAAAAACCCAGAACAAAAGCAGGUAACAGAUGUAUUUGCUUGUGCUUUCUCUGCAAAUUGGCCUUUUCACUUGAAAUAUCAAACAACAGAAAAUGAAGCCAGGAGGUUUCCCUUCCCCUUAGGAGAAACCUGGGUGCAGUGUAUGUUGGAAGAUGCCCUAUUUGCUUGUGAACCCAAGCCUGAAUUUUUUUUUUUAACCUUUGGUCAAAACAUGAGUGAUUGUUGCAAGAUAAAGGAUGUAUUUUCAAAUGAGAUGAAAAUGUGAUUGGGCCCAAUUUGUUGAAAUUCCCCUAACUUGUGUGUGCCUCCCAUGUAAAUUUCUGAAAAGUGUAUCCAUAGCAACCAUAUUUUCUACAGCAAUACCCAUUAUCUUGCCAUGGAUUACCUCUAAUGAUAACGUGUAUUUUAGCCAAGGAAAUCUGUGAUUUCAAUUUUUUUCAAUUAAAAAUUCAAUCUUGUUAGUUUCAGAAGAAUAUCAAUCAGGAGGAACAAAUCCUCAGUGAGGGGGGGAAAUAAUUAAGAUUACCUAGUCAAGCUCUAGGAUAACAUCUGACGUUCUUUACGAAAAAUGCUUCUAAAAGAAGCUAUCACAAUGCUCAGCUUUAGAAUACCGCAGUUUAGAUCUGUCUCUUGAUUUGAGUUGAGUGCUUCACCUCAGGAGGAGAAAAGGAAGAACAGAAAUAGCAAAAAAAGUGAUGCAUUUUUUACUUGUUUUAAAUAUUAACAGUAGAGUAAUUUCUGUGCAUAGUUCCUUUUUUAUUCUGUGGCACAUGAGGUUUUCAGCAAAUUCAAGUUUUACAUGAGCCAAUUACUAGAGUCAAAAUCAUUUAGUAAAUAGAAACUUUACUGAAAUUUUUUGAAAAGGUUCAUUUUGGGGCUGAAUGAUACUUUACCUCUGUAUUAGUAAUAUAUUUGUCUCUCCUCCAAGUGUUUUUGUUACUCAAAAUAAGAAAAACAAAAGGUUUACUUUUCUUUUAUAAAAAUCUAGCGUAUGGUUCUAUGACAGCUCUUCAGAUCAACACAUUAUCUCCUGUCUGUGCUAGAACGUUUGCUUUUAAAGAUAGGUUUUCCAUGUUAAAUUCUUGCUUCAAUUGUAGAAACACAGACAUCUACUCGACUGAUUGAAUGCCGUUGCCGCUGAACACCUUAAAAAGAUUUAAAAAAAAAAAGUUCACCUUGGAAAAGGCUUAAAUCCACCCACAAGAAUGGAUACAUCCUUAGGCACCAGGCAGAAUGAAAGUUAGACAAAGCAGGCGUUUGUUUAAAAGGUUUCUAAUGCACAGCCUUCCUGCUAUUUGAAAUUUUCAAAGUCGAAACUUGCUAUGCAAAUCUUCUACUUUAGUCGUAUACUCCGAUGGGUGCAACAGGUCUGUUCACUUGGAGGAAAUCUUAUAUAAAAUGACAGUACCCAAAAAAGGGGGUGAGCUACUGCAUCUUCUCAAAAGUAAAAGGAAGCCUCGAGCAGUUGAAAGGUGUGCCGCCUAAUAUCUUUUGCGACAUUUUUGAAAGUCUGAAAUGGGGCCUCUGGCCCUGAGCUCUUCACCACUCACACAAAAG